AUGGAUAAAUCUAAUCCGAUCGAGCCAAAAUCGUUCACAAGUUUGAGACCCGGUAACACAUCAUCGCCAACACCGCUUCGAAUGGUCAGAUGCUUUGAUCUCAAUGCAGAACCACCAGUUACGCCUCCUUCUCCAAUGGUCUCAUCGCUUCAAAUUGUAACACCCUUUUCAGCAGUCAUUGAUCUCAAUGCUGAACCACCGACUACACCUCCAUCUACGAGACCACCUCCAGUUACACCAUCUACCGCAUCCGAUCAUGUAAUACCCAGCACAACAUCUCCUCUAGCUCAAAUGGUCACACCACUUCAACCCAUUGGAUCAUUUGACAUCCUCGACAACGAGUCUUGCCCUGGUGAUAUUGCUAGUACUCAUCCGAUCAAAAAAGGACGUGGUCGACCAAAAGGUUCGAAAAACUCGAAGAUGCCCGCGAAGAAGCCGAAAACAGUUGAGGUCUCCGGCAAUGAGAAAUGCGCUGCUGAUGCUGGUCUUAGUACUGCUCCGACCAAAAGAGGACCUGGUCGACCAAAGGGUUCGAAAAACUCUGCAAAGAAGCCGCAAAGUUAUGAUCCCAACAGAAAAAUGGUUAAAUCAUGUCUGAGUUUUGACUCGAAGAUAACUGAAGCAGAGAGAGAAACUGGAAACAAGGAGCUUGUUGAAUCCGUUUUGAUACGGUAUGAUGCAGUUAGACGUAGGUUGUGCCAGCUACAGUCCGCAAUCGUGCUUCAAACCGCACAAGCUAAUUGCAAAAAUCUUGGGGUGAUGACGAAUAGGAAAAGGAGAAUCGGUCCGGUUCCGGGGAUUCAGGUCGGUGAUAUAUUCUACAAUCGGAGUGAAAUUUCCUUAAUAGGGCUCCAAAUACAAAUGGUCGGCGGCAUCGACUAUUUUUCAGUUGAAGACGGCGCAGAUACACUAGGCGCUACAAGUGUAGUCACGUCAGGAAAUUUCGAAGAUAAAAUACUUGACCUACACACUUUGGAUUAUACCGGUUCAGGUGGGUUGGAUUCGAACGGUCGACAAGUGGCUGACCAGAAGCUUGAAAAAGGGAACCUUGCGUUGACAAAAAGCGUUGAAAAUGGGAAUGAAGUUAGAGUGAUAAGAGGUUUGAAAGUCCCGAGCGAUGAGAAGACGAAGAUCUAUAUGUACGAUGGACUAUACUCGGUGUCGAAAUGGUGGGAAAAAACGGAAAACGGUUUCAAGGUAUUUAAAUUCAGAUUGGAGAGGAAACAAGGCCAACCCUCUGGCUAUGCCAUCUCGAAAGAAGUUGAAAAAUGGAACAAGUUUGGUUUGGAUAGUUUUCUACUUGAAGAUCUUUCUUCUAGAAAAGAGGUUUUACCGGUAUCGCUCGUGAAUGAAGAAGAUGUGAACGACGAGAAGAGACCUGAACGUUUCGUGUACAUCACUCAUAUGUCUUGUUCGAGUCAGAUUCUUGAUCCGUCGACAGUUAAAGAUCCCCAAUCUAUCGGAUGCCACAGCUGUGAAGGUCGGUUAUGCUCUACUAAAAAUCCAAAGUGUGCAUGCAUUAAAAAAAAUGGCGGCUACUUACCGUACCACAACGGUCUUCUAGUAUGUCGUAAACCGAUGGUUUACGAGUGUGGCGAAUUAUGUUCUUGCCCUUUAGAUUGCCAAAACAGAGUGGUUCAGUCCGGUUUGAAAAUCUCUGUCCAAGUGUUUAAGACAAAGGAUUGUGGUUGGGGGUUACGUUCUUUGGAGCCGAUUCGAGCUGGGACUUUCAUCUGUGAAUUUGCUGGUUUAGUUAUGGCGAAAGAAGAAGUAGAAGAAGAAGAUGAAGAAUAUAUGUUUGAUAGCUCUCGGGAUUUUAACCGGUUCAGGUGGAACUACGAACCGGAGCUUGUUGGUGAGGAUUGUAGGGAACAAGUUUCUGAGGUUUUUAACCUUCCGUCGCCAAUCUUGAUCAGUGCAAGAAGGUAUGGAAAUGUUGGUCGGUUUAUGAACCAUAGCUGCUCGCCAAAUGUUAUGUGGCAACCUGUCGAGUGUGAAGAGAACGGUGAAUCGUAUGUUCGCAUUGGUUUUUUCGCAAUGAAGCACAUUCCACCAUUGACGGAGUUGAGGUAUGAUUAUGGAAUGUCUUGUGUAGCUGAGGAGGUUGGAGAAGAUGGAAGGAGGAUUUUCAAAGGUAAAAAACUCUGUCUUUGUGGUUCACUCAACUGUCGUGGCUCUUUUGGGUGA